AUGGCACGCAGGAAGCCGAUGAUGGCCCGAAGCUCGCCGGCUAAAGAGCGGAAGCCGGAGAAAAAGCAGAGCAAUGCCGAACGGUCGGCUUACUUCGCCCGGAGAGAAGCCGCCAAGGUGCUGCGCAGCACGCUCCAGGGCGACGCUCGGCGCCGAGCCGUCGGCUCAAUCAAGUCGCUCGUCUACAGCCCCUCCGUCCGGAACAAAAAGGCUACCUUUGCCCUGGUUUGCCAAACACUCAAGCAUCUAUCGGUUAUUAAAGAUGUUUUGGAGGAGGCAAAUGUUCUAAGUGGCAAGUGGAAGAAGCAGAUGGAAUUGAUGUAUAUCAUCACGUAUGAUCUACUAUUUGGCCAGGAAGCUUCGUUAACUGGUGAUGCUGAAAAGUAUCUUACGCUAAAGGAAAAUGCGUUGCGAUCAGCUCUAUCGCAAAUUUUAGGUCGCAAGGGAGUGAAAAAUGUCGGAGAUUUGGUCGCUCACAAUAAAUUUUCUGAAUCGCAAAAACCUCGUUAUGUUCGUGUAAAUACACUAAAGAUAGACAUGGAAAAUGCAAUACGUGAACUACAACAGGAAUAUGAGGUCCAUAAGGAUGACAUGGUGCCAGAUUUAUUAGUCCUCCCACCAGGUGCUGAUUUACACAAGCAUCCUCUGGUCAUGAAUGGAAGUAUUUUCUUGCAGGGAAAAGCAAGCUCUAUGGCUGCUGUAGCUCUUGCACCUAAACCUGGAUGGGAGGUCAUUGACGCUUGUGCAGCACCUGGAAACAAAACUGUCCACCUUGCUUCUCUCAUGAAAGGAGAGGGAAAAAUUGUAGCUUGUGAGCUCAACAAGGAAAGGGUUAAGCGCCUGAAAUAUAAUGUAGAACUUGCUGGGGCCACAAAUGUGGUAGUUAGGCAUGACGACUUCUUAAAUCUUGAACCCACAGAUCCAUCAUAUUCAAAGGUCCGGGGUAUACUUUUAGAUCCAUCAUGUUCCGGGUCAGGGACAGCCUUUGACAGAUUAGAUCAUUUGCUCCCAUCCCACAAUGCAGUAAACACGGAUCAUGCUGACGAGACGCGCCUCCAGAAGCUUGCUGGCUUUCAGAAGAAGGUUCUAGAACAUGCGUUAUCCUUUCCAGGAGUCGAGAGAAUCGUGUAUAGCACGUGCUCGAUUCAUCAAACCGAGAAUGAAGAUGUCGUUAAAUCCGUUAUGGAACUUGCUUCCUCUCGUGGGUUCCGAUUGGAAACGCCUUUUCCUCAGUGGCCCCGCCGUGGUCUCCCAGUUUUUGAUGGAUCUCAACAUUUGCUUCGGACAGAUCUAACAGCAGACAAAGAAGGCUUCUUCAUAGCUCUCUUUGUUCGGAAAAGAACUCCUCAGCCGUCGGACAGUGACCAAGAAAGUGUUGAAAACCCUGCAAAGCUCUGUCGGUAUAGAAAGCAUUUCAACAUUUUUGUAGCCAAAAUGUUUAAAUUAUACCCAUACACUCAUUUCAAGCACCACUCAAGAAAGCAAUAG